GACAUCGAGACAAAYGGCGGAUACCAAACGGUAAGAUAGCAAUGUUUCUCCUAGUCAGUGUCAACCCAAAAUCUUCACGGGAAUAGUAGGACGGAUCAUCUCUAGUUCUAAACAACUCGAACAAUACAACGGUGAMAAUGGUCGAAAAAGAAAGCAACAUGAGCGKUGUCGUUGCCGAUGGCGUCGAGAUCGAGGAAUAUGACUACAUUUUUGGCUUUGGAUCGAUAAUGAAUCGUAGUACUCACGGAGAGAACAUCCUGCCAGGUAUUGCAGUAAUUCUUAGCAAGGAUUUCGGAUAUGAACGGGARUGGAAUUUCCGAAGCAGCACCGGAUUUACCGCGCUCGGUGUAUCCAAGGUAGCCGCUGGUAGCAACAUAAACGGAGUUUUGUUUCGUGUCACCCAAGCGAUGAUCCCGAUCUUUGAUCGCCGAGAAGUUGGAUACGAAAAGGUACGGAUACCGCUUGAGUACCUCSAAUUUGCAGACUAUGAUAAGAGUUCCUCGCCUUGGCACAAAGAUCUCGGGCCCGACGACCGUCUUUGGAUUUAUGUGCCCCUCCCCAGCCACAGCAAGAUGGCAGACGAAAAUCAUCCAUUGCUUCAAUCGUACGUGGAUACAGUCCUCCAAGGGUGUCUAGAAUGGGGUGGGGAACCAAUGGCCGAGAGCUUUAUCCAAACGACCGGAGGAUGGUCCACAUACUUUUUGAACGAUACGCCUUCGAGUCGGCGCCCCUGGCUCUACCGAAAAGACUACUCUACGAUCGAUCGACUGCUGCAAAGUUAUGCCUCGAAGACCUAUUUCGGAGACAGGAAACACCCAGAAGAGUUUUCAAGUGCCUUUCAUCGACGUAUGAAGGGAACAUGGAGUAUUCCCAGGCGGAACAUGAAUUUUACGGGGCGAGAAAAAGAACUCCAGCAUCUUUGGUCACGAUUUGCCGCUGUAACAGGCGGGGAACCCAACAACARAUUGUCUUCUCCGACCAGCAGGCAGAAUCAGCAACAACAAAUGGUAGUCAAAGUGGAGGUCGCUGGAAUGGGUGGAGUUGGCAAAACACAAUUUGUCACAGAGUAUUGUUAUCGUCACUUUCCAAGAGACUAUGGUUUGGUGGUUUGGUUAAAUGCCGAAUCGUCAGAAUCCCUAGUGGCAGACUACCGACAACUGCUCAUGGACUUGGCCCAAGAAAAUGCCUCCGAAGUCAUUGUAGCAGCGAAUUCUUUAAAAAACACCGUAAAGACCUCGUCUUCGUCCACAGGGGCUGAUUUCGGUGGAAGUGGCAUUAGAAACAACAACACGCUGACACAGGAUACGGAUGAAAUAGUUCGUGAGGUCAAAACAAGAUUAUUCCGGUCUCAAGUUCCUUGGCUUUUAGUCUUUGACAAUCUAGAAGAUCGAUCGUUGUUAAAUGUAUUCGUACCGAGAGGAGCGGGGACAAGGGGUCAUAUCUUGGUGACUACUCGUUUGUUUGAAAUGGAAUGGGAUUUGGACCAAUCAUGUGGAAGUUUAUUGCUAGGGUGCUUCACUCCCGAGGAGUCGGUAGAACUGUUGAAACGGGCUGCUGGUGGGAACAAUAUAAAAGGUGAAGCAAACCUUGAUGCAGCCAGUGAAAUUGCAACGCGACUAGGACAUUUGCCGUUGGCCCUCGGAAUGGCGGCUGCGUAUAUGCUGCGGUGUGAUGUGAAUUGCAUGGAGUACUUGGAACGGUACAAAGUAUCGGAGAAGAGUGGAACAUCUUUGCUGCGUCAUGGCAAAUUGCAGGACUAUUCACUUACCGUCGCCUCGAGUUUAUCGCUUAGCUUGGUUGCAAUUGAGAAAGAAAGCAAAGUUGGAUGCAGCAUGCUUCAACUUUUGUGUUUCUUGGGCCCCGAACAAAUCACAAAACUACUUCUUCGACACCUUAUGAACUCCCAGAUCAAAUUUCAUCCUAAUACCGAAGGAUGUUUUGAUGAAAUACUGAACUAUGAAAACAUUCGUUCUCUUGGACUUUCCUUCCUAUUGUCUUGUGGUUUAUUUGGACUGACGAUAGCUGCUGUUGGAAAGCAGCGUUUUAGAACAAACGGCAAUCGUCAGACGAUUGGAUUUGCGCUUGUCUCGCUUUCAACACUAUCAGCCUUGCUUAUGAAAUCUGUUGGUGGCGAAGCAUUGUGCAACAGAUCMCCGACAGAAAGCAGGAGCCUUGAACAGGUCGCACAUCCAUCUCAUUUUGCUUUCUCUGCCACUAUAUACGAAGAUGCCGAUUCUGUAUGGAACAUUCUCAAAUCAUAUUCACUACUGAUCGUUAAAGAAGGCAAAGGAAGUAUGCAUCGGCUUUUAGCGCAAGCUCUGCGACAGUCUCAAAGCGAAGUAGACUACAGAAGAAACUUGAGGGUAUGCCUGCACGCAAUGCAAUCGAUUUGGACAUUCAAAGCAGACGAGUCAGAUACUUGGAAAGAGUCUCUUCAAGUGCUAGAUCAUGUCAAAUCAGUGGUGUCCCAUAUUGGAUCAUGUGAUUUCAGAUGCAAUGAAGCUAGAUUAAUAGCCGGAAGAUUAUCAAUAGAGGCAGGUGUAUAUUCAGCAAUGGCCUUGAAUGCGUUUCUUGAUUCUCAGCAAUCGUUUGAGUUAGCCAUCUCGAUAUUUGAUGAAUCAAAACAUCGAAACAAACCUGUCAUGCAGCGAGCACGUGCCGAGGCUCUUCAUGAGUUGGGACGUGUCUUCCGUUACCAAGGAAAGUACGAUGAUUCCGAGCAAUCUUUAACUGAGGCAUUGCGAAUUUAUCAGAAACUAAAGUGGAGAAAUCCAGAAGCUAAGAGACGAAUUGCAGAUACUCUGCACGAGUUGGGUGUGUUAGAGGUCAAGAAACAUAAUCUUGAUKCUGCAACUAAAUUUCUCGAGCAAUCUUUGGAAAUGCGACAGCUGAUGGGCAACCCCGAAUUGAGCGCUGCUCACUCUGCAGCAACACUGCACCAGCUCGCUUCAAUUAUGGUGGCAAGAAAGCCACCACAACUGGACAAAGCAAAGUAUUUGCUUCAAGAAGCGCUCGGACUGAGUCGACAAAGUGGGCAAAGAGCUGCAACGUUGAAACAACUUGCAAGGGUAACAAUUCGUCAAGGGUUACUAGAUCGUGCCGAAACGUACCUUGAACAAGCGCUGGAUUUGUACAUGGAGCUUUAUGGAGAAAACAAAAAUCACAUAAACAUCGCAGCUGUCAAAUUCCAGCAAGGAGCACUCGCGCGUCAACGUGAGCARCUGGAACAAGCAGGUCUUCAUUUCUCUGCCUGCUUAGUUAUUCGAAGGAAUGUUUAUGCAUAUGCAAAACCUGUUGGUAGAGAAGAGGAGGAAAAUCCAACCCAUUUGGAGGUUUCUUGUGUUUUGCAUGAGAUUGCUGGUGUAGCAUUCGCCCAGCUCUAUUAUUCUCAAGCGUUGUCAACUUUCAAAGCGGAACGUUUAAUAUUGGAGAGAMUCGAAGAAACUUCCGAGCACCACACCGAAAAAAUAUAUCAAAGCAGAAUGACAAAUUUGACAUGGCUUCGCAAGUGCGCAAAAGAAUUGGGUGACGAAGAUAUGGCCAUUCGAUUCAGCAACGAACGCUCGGAUUUGAAGGCAUCUUUUGUUGCCGGUAGGAAAAAGGAAGUAGGAAAUGGGGUUCUUCCACAAAAUCAAUCCGAUAUCAUWACAACGAGUCUUCAGCAUGCGGCGAUGGGUUGUCGAGUAGCAGCGAGGAAAUUCGUGCUAGAACGAGACAAAAAUGGCUCAAAGUUGGAAAAUUUGAAUUUCGCCCUGUCUCAACUUUCCGAGGAGCUCCAGAUAUCUCCCCCUGGUCCUAUCAAGGUAGCCGCGAUGCAAUUUCGAAAAGAGAUUUUGAAAUGGAAAGAUCAAGCGAAUGAAUUGCGACGGCUUCAUUUGCUUGACGCUUGCGAUGUGCUGAGGUGAGUUGUUUUGUAUAUUUCAGGCGACUAAAAAUUAGAUUGCUUAUUUUCUUUCCUUGCUUUUCUAAUGUWUUCCGUGUCGCCUUUGUUGUUGCUGCGUUCCUUCUGCAUUAGGGAUGUUCUUCGAGCCAAUGGUUUGGAGGUCAGUGAUUCUAUCUGCUCUCGCAGAUCCAUGAUUCAGUUGAAUGCUGUACGCUAAGCAAAACGCAUUCAUCGUAGAUUUUGAUUUGAUCAUUUGUCAGAAAUAAUUUCAAUUGACGAAAACCUAAUAAAAGUAAAUAACUUCG